AUGACUGAUCCAUCUAAAGCAACAAAAUCGGAUCGUUUUGACGAGCUGAAGAAAUCCACAGCUCCUCUAGUGAGCGUGGAUAGCGUAUCUACCACCACCGCAACAGCAUCCUCCCUCAAGCCCCCAAGCUUACCACAACGGCCUUCAUCUUCCUCAUCAUGGCGAUCAAAACUUCACAUUCAUGAUGACGCUCACUCCAGUUCCCGGAGAUCCAAGUCUGCUGAACCAGGCAAAGAACGGUGGCGCGACGCAACGCUGAGCGAAAAGGAGCGCUGGAAGGAUUGGCAAAAGGCGAAGGAUAAGGAGCAGAUGCGUGGGUCGACUGUAGGUUUCUUUACGCCGCUCGCAUGGAUGACUUUAUUCGAAUGA